CUUUCUUGUAAGCCACAAUUAGGCACCCAACAUACAGCAGCAACCCUUUACCCUUCUUUGCCUUCUCAUCCCUUAUUUAGUCCUAACAUCAGAUAUCAGCAAACAUGUCUGAAACUAGCAACGCUGAAAUCUCAGGAGCCGCUUCCUCUCCACGGGCUUCAGAAGCAGUCAACUCUGACGAAGCUCUUAAGGCCCUCCAAGAAGUCCUGCAUGCCAGUGCAAAAAAGGCUGUCUUUACGAUCGGUGGCAAAAUCGACAGCACCAGUCAAGGUGUUUUCCCCAUCACAAUUCGAUGGAACCCAGGCGAUGCCAGCAACAAUACUGGUAGGAUGGUGUCUUUGCCUGUCAGCGAAGACACCGUCCUUCAAUCAUCCUUCUGUCAGCUCGUGAAGGAAUGUGAGCCCGCCACGUUUGGCAAAGGGGACAAGGACAUCCUCGAUGAGGAAUACCGCAAGGCCGGGAAGAUGGACACUGAGAACUUUUCCACCAAUUUUACUCCCUAUGAAUAUGGAGUUGUUGAUAUGAUUGUUCAGGCUUUGGCGUACAGCCGUGUCAAAAGUAAAACCAACUAUCGCGGCAUCCGAGCUCAGCUCUACAAACUCAAUGUUUACUCUGGACCUGCGGGAAAAUUCAAAGCCCAUGUGGAUACACCGCGAUCAGAACUACAGAUGGGCUCACUGGUAGUCUGCCUCCCGCAUCCACACCAAGGCGGCCAACUCGCAGUCCGCCAUCAGGGUCGCGAAGUCAUUUACGACUGGGGCCCUGAGUGUGAUUCCCAGGUUCAAUGGGCGGCAUUUUUCUCUGACUGCGAGCAUGAAGUCCUAGAGGUAACUGAAGGACACCGCGUGACGCUGACCUACAACUUGUUCUGGACCCUACACGGCCCGGCUUCCAUGUCAGAAAAUUUUGAUGCCAUCGACCAAAAGUCCCUCGUUUUCUACUCGGCUUUCGACAAACUUGUCAGGUGUGCUGACUUCCUCCCAAAAGGUGGUACUGUUGGCUUCAUAUGCACACAUGCCUAUCCACACUCUGCGAGGGCAUCCCACGACCACCUCCCAAACAACCUCAAAGGCAUCGACAUGCUUGUCUACCAGACAUUCAAGUGCUUUGAUGAAGACGCUAUGUUCAGCGCCAUGCUCGAUCCGCGCUACAUUGACAGAGAGUUGAGUAGCUCAUAUCUCGCAGGACGGGAUAGGAGGUUGCAGUACCUGGAAAAUAAUGCUGAGGGAUAUGAUGAUCCCGAUCCUGGAGAAGUUUAUUACCGAAGAAAUGUAACUUGGAUUAAUAGUACACCAGGCCAAAAAGUGCACAGGGAACCGGCUGCUGUGUUCCUAACAUAUGGAAAUGAAGCCGGGUUGGGUAUAUACUAUUCGAAUGCUGUAAUAACCGCGGAGAUCAUCCCUUUCAGUGAACGUCAAUGAGGAUUCUGCGGUGCAGGCGACUGGUUUUAGGUCACUCCUUACGGAUGCCCUAUGCUGUACGUAGCCUUCCCUUGCUAGUGAGUGAGGAAGGAGAAACAACUUUCUUUAAACCGCACUUCGCGGGAAAGUUCGAAGAGCUUCUGUUGAGAGAGCAGACAUGAGAGUAAAAACUCUUUUUUUCUUCGCUCCGCUGAAUUUUGCCGAGUGCAUAAUGACAUUUCAUUUCUUUGUGCCACAAGGUACAUGUACUGUACUGUACAUUUGUUUAAAUCUCAUCAUAUAUUUAUCUCGGGUUUGCUGUCUUCUGAGAGAUAUUACUCUAAAAUGAACAUCACAGCUUCUAUUAUAAAAACAACUUUGACGGAGUAUACAAAGGGAACGAGCGCGAAAAG